AUGCCGGCCAAUGAAGACUGUUAGUGCAAGGCUCAACGCAGAUUCUGAAAGUCAAGAGAUACAUUUAUUCUUCGCACUCUAAGUACUCUUCAGCUGCAGUGAUAUUUUAAAAACUCUCUUAUAUUUUGUCCGUAGAAGAUGAAAUGUAUAGUCUUGUUCAAAAUCAUCUGGGGAUCUUUUCUUCUGGAAUUUUUCAACUUCGAAGUCACUUCAGCGUCAAAUAUAUAUGUCUCAAGGGCUAAAGGUCAUGAUUCUGCUUCAUGUGGCUCCUACAGUCGCCCGUGUUAUUCAAUAUCACAUGGUGUUUCUGUAGCAGGUAAUGCAUCAAAAAUUCUUAUCGAUUCUACAAACACAAAAAUAUCUCCAUAUGAUUGUAAAUCAUUCCAAAGAAGACACCAAGGUAUUUACGUCACGAAGAAUUUGACAUUUGUCAGUGACGGUCCGUCACUUUGUCGUAUUUCAUGCAAAAGUGCUUUUAACUGGAUUAUAGACGGCAGAGAAAAUGCCACUCCAAUGAUCAUUGGUUUUAUCAGAAUCUUCUUUGAAAAUACACAAAUACAAUUAGUGGAUUCGUCUGCCAUUUUUACUCAGUGCGUGUUUUACAAAACUAAAAAACUUGCAGUGAAUUUUACAGUAUAUAAUCAGAACCUGACAAGUUUAGUUUUUCAAAAUGUUCAAUUCGAAGCAAAUGAAGCAUGUAUUUCAGUAAAGAUGUGGUCAAAGGAUACAAACACUCUAAGGAGCAGCAUUAUAUUUAAAAAUUCACAAUUCAUAGGAAAUGGCAUCAGACGUAUUCCAAUUUUAAUGUCGCCUUCUUGGAGUGUUUUAAGAAUAGAUAACUUUGAAAAACAUGCUAUAGAGUUGCACGUGCAAAAUACAAGUUUUGUUAAUAACUAUGUUCGUUCAAUGGGAAUGAUAUACGUAAGUACUAAUCACUUAAAACUUGUUUUGGAUAAAACUGAUCUACAAAAUAAUGGUUUCAACGACACUAAGGCGUUUAACAGCCUCUUUGUUUUAAACACUAAAACGACGUCCAUUGUGAUAGCAGACACGCAGGUAAAAAAGAGUAAACAGCGACUUUUUUCAAUCAGCUCAACAAGAACAGAAAUCCUUAUUACUUACACACAAAUAAAUGACUAUAGAGUUGGCAAGAAUCAUGGAGGGACAUUUUAUAUAGAAAGUGAAAUGAUGCAGUUGGUAAUGAACAACUGUGUGAUAAGUAAUGGACGAUCGAUGGUUCCUUUUAAUGGUGGAUUUCUCUAUGUUCACGCAAGGAAUGUUAGUGUACAUAUUGAAAAUUCUAAUUUUACAAACUUGAAAAUUGGUGGCGAAGGUGGUGUGAUGUAUAUAUCGACAAGCAAAGUUGCAAAUAUGUCUGUAACUGUAAAGAUAAAAAUACUCAGUUCAAAUUUCAUAUCUAACUCUGCUUAUUAUGGAGGUGUUCUGCGGGUCCCACCAAAGCUCAAACUCGGGAUUCAAAAUUCUACAUUCAUUUCAAACAAUGCACAUAGUGGUGGGGUUGUAUUCUCCUUCCACCUUUUAUAUGCAAAAAUACACAUCGAUAAAUCAUUGUUUCACAAGAACCUUGCAGUAAAUUCGGGUGGAUGCUUACUUCUUUAUAGUGAUAGAAAAAAUUAUGGUUAUUUAUUUUUAAGUGGAAAUAACUCAAAUUUUACGGAAAAUACUGCUGGAUGGGGGGGAGGUGUGUUCUCGUUGGCAUCUUCAGCCGUUUACUUGGAGCUGUCGUGUUCAUUAUUUGAAUACAACAAUGUACAAGUCUGCGGAGGCGCCAUUGCAAUUAUUGAAUGGUAUACAUUUUUAGCCAACUCAGUUACAUUGUUAGCCAAUCACACAAAAUUUACUGGAAACAGCGCCAUGGCUGGUGGAGCAAUAGUCAUCAGUACUAAUGGAGAAAGAACAAUGAUUGGUAUGAAUAAUGUCUCUUUUUUUCGUAAUUCUGCAUCAAUUAAGGAGGCAGCAGGUGGAGGUGGGAUUUUGUAUCUAAAAAGAGGAAUACAGAAUUUAGCGUCGUUUUCAAUUUCGAUAGAAAGAAGCAUUUUCGAGGAAAACUAUGGGAGUUCAGGAGGUGCCAUAAAUUUAAUUGGUGUUAAUGGCGAAUUUUCGUGCAAGCAUUCAGUUUUUAAAUCAAACAAUGCGACUUAUGGUCCAGGUGGAGCAAUCCACUUCUUUGUUUCCAAUUUAACGAUAAACAUAUUCAACACAACAUUUGAAAAUAACACAAGUAAUAAAAAUGCUGGAGGUGCAAUGUAUCUAGACAUUAAUCAUGGAAGUACGAUUCAUGUCGAUGAGUCAGUAUUUAAACACAAUGAAGCAAAUUAUAGUAUGGGUGGUGGCAUGGCGAUAAAUACUAAAGGUGAUACUUUGAAAAAUCCUCAAUGUGGAAUAGAUACUGUGCGCUUAUGGGAUUACAACAAUUCUGUAACGAUAAAGAACACGAAGUUUAUUGAAAAUUUUGCCCGAAAUGGUGGUGCAGUCUCCAUGAAAAACGGAAUAAUAUAUUUCAAUAAUUCUCACUUUGUCAACAAUUUUGCACAUGAAGGUGGUCAUCUUAUUAACUAUGGCUCAAACAACUUAAGUUUAUUCAGUAGCACUUUUAACAACACAAUAACUCAUAAUUCUUCCUAUACAGAAACUUUCAUACAUACGUACAGCGAAGGACCGUUCAUUUUACACAAUACUACCGCAUUACAAGAAAUACAGUCAGAUAAUCCUUUGGUCUUGAUUGCAAAUGGCGGCAUUGUGGAUUUUGAUAAUUUUACAAAAUUGUUUUGCCCAGUUGGAUCAAAGAUGGAAAUGUUGAAUCUAUCUUAUAACAAAUGGAUAAAUCGUUCCUGUACAUACCGCGUCACUAUACUUCGCUUUGUAUGUACACAAUGUGAUCCAGGCACGUAUAGCUUACAGCAGGGUCACACAUUAGGAUUGAGACCAGUUCAUCCAUUUUCUUGUCUACCUUGUCCAAAUGGAGCCGACUGUUUAACAACCAUCAAAUCAAAGCGAAACUUCUGGGGAUAUUUGAGCAAGAAAAAUAAGACAUCUUUAAAAUUUACCAGAUGUCCUGAUGGUUAUUGUCUUGGAGGCUCAAAAACCCAAAACACGACAGCUACAACAUGUGCCAAGGAAAGCGUAAAGGUUGGAUUUGCGGUCAUUGUUCUACCUGGUUACAGUGAUGGUGGCGUUUCUUUGACGAUUGUUGAACCAAAAUGGAAUGGAAGAUUUCAACAAAGCAAUUCUUUCUCGCUUGUGUUGUACCACUUCCUUUUCCAUUUUUGGUCUUUACAGUAUCUCUUGCAAUGGUUAAGUAUUUAUCGAAGUCCUGUAAACAGGACAGUAAACACUACUGAGUAUAGAGUUACGCUGAAAUCCAUCUUUAUUGCUCCAUUUCGCAAGCCUGAAGAGGGAAAGUCAGGUGCUGUCUACUGGCAGAGCAUUCUUAUUGCACGACGUUUUUUCUUGACAUUUCUUAGUUGUUUUAUCACUGAUCCCACUUUACGACUCACGUGCAUGGUAAUCAUCUGUGUGCUGGCGUUAUUACAUCAUAAAUGUGUGAAACCAUUCCAAAACCUUGGUGCUAACACAGUGCAAACCAUUUCUCUACUAAGUCUUGCAGUAAUGGCUAACAUUAAUAUGUACAAAACAUUUUACAGGUUUUCCAAAGAAGAUGUUAGUACAGGAUGGAUGUUCGUAUUUUCAACACUUGAUAUUAUCGAGAUGAUAAUGUUAGGUUUCAUACCUGGAAUAUUGAUUCUUUUGUUUGUAUUAGGGAUAUCAUCAUUGAUGGUACGUUUGGUUUUCAUGGCCAUCGCCACCAUACGUAGAAAAAUGCACCGCCAUGACCCAACAUAUGAUGAACUGUUGAACGAUAACCAUGAGGAAAACUGA